AACCCGGACAUCGCCAUCACCGACAACGUGCUGCACUUCAGAGCUCAGGGUCAUGGUGCCAAAGGGGACAACAUCUACGAAUUUCAGAUUGAGUUCCUAGAAGCGGUUGAGCCUAAGCCUGUAUGCAGGGUGACUCAAAGGCAGCUGAACAUCACUGUGCAGAAGAAAGAGAGUAACUGGUGGGAGAGACUCACCAAGCAAGAGAAGCGCCCGCUCUUUCUAGCUCCUGACUUUGACCGCUGGUUAGAUGAAUCGGAUGCUGAAAUGGAACUGAAGGAGAAGGAAGAAGAAAAGAUUAACAAAAUGAAAAUAGAAUCCAGAGUCCCAAAAGACCCUUUCAAACACCUGAAGAAGGGAUACUUAAUCAUGUAUAAUCUUGUACAGUUUUUGGGAUUCUCUUGGAUUUUUGUGAACAUGACAGUACGACUGUUCAUCUUAGGAAAAGAUUCCUUCUAUGAUACAUUUCACACUGUUGCUGACAUGAUGUAUUUCUGUCAGACCCUGGCAUUAAUGGAGAUCAUGAAUUCACUAAUAGGACUGGUCAGAUCACCGCUGAUACCUACUGUAAUGCAGCUGUUCGGAAGAAACUUAAUUUUGUUUGUUGUCCUCGGAAGCUUAGAGGAAAUGCAGAGCAAACCUGUGGUGUUCUUCAUGUUUUAUUUCUGGAGUAUCAUUGAGCUGUUCAGGUAUCCGUAUUACAUGCUUUCAUGCAUUGGUAUUGAAUGGAAACCACUAACCUGGCUCCGUUACACUGCCUGGAUCCCUCUCUACCCUUUAGGAGCCUUGACAGAAGCCGUCUGUAUCGUUCAGUCCAUUCCAAUCUUCAGUGAAACAGGGAAAUUUAGUCUGGGAUUGCCAAAUCCACUGAAUGUCACAAUCCAGUUUUCAUUUUUGCUUCAGAUAUACCUUAUAGCCUUGUUUUUAGGGGUAUUUGUAAACUUCCGUCAUCUCUACAAGCAAAGGAAACAGCACCUGGGACCAAAGAAGAGAAAGAUGAAGUAAAGGAGGACUGCAGUGCUUUCUUAUCUAACUUAUCUCAAUGACAAGAUAAGCUUCUAAUUCUUACGGUUUUACCCACUGUAAUGUAAAGAAUUUUGUAAAAUUGAAUGAUCACGCUAGAUUUCAUGAUUUCUUAGUGAAUUCAGGUAACAUUCCCAUAUACUGUAUUUUGUUCCCUUUCAAUCAUGUAUGCAUGGCAUUUACCAUUGAACAGUAACAUUGAAACUUGUAUCCUGUCAGCUACCACAUUAGAAAGAAAUCCUAUUAUCUGCAUAUAAUAUGCUUAUAAACAGUGGAGCAGCACUAAAUAGAAAUAGUGUUUAUAUUUUAAUUGGAUAUUUGCUCUUUCAGUAUUGCAUGCAGAUAGGGCUUCUGAUGUCGGGAUAUGCUAUUAGCUGGCCCAUGCUGUUUCUAGGGCGCAUCUUGAUGGCAGGAGGAGCGCAGUCAGAGACCGCUGUGAAGUGUUUGGCUGUUUAUUAACCAUUGGAGUAAACUUGCUCAGCACAUACCCUCCCCUUUUUUCUUCUGCAGCAUACUGAUGCUGCAGAAUUAAACCGAAGUUGCUAAUGUGAAUUUAAAUGCUACUAACUUAGUCUGUUUCUAGCUUAGCCUUAACAGAAUAAGAGCACUGCGUGGACCCUAGCAACACGUGUAUUCCUGUAGCAACACCUCCUAUCCAGUCACUAGGGAAAGGAAGC